AUCCAAAAGAGAAGUAGGGAUUCCAUUGACAGUUGGACGGCAGAAAAUUGGCAGUCCAAUUUUUAAAAGGAGUCCUGACAUGACAAAGUCCUUCAUGACGAAGUCAGAACAGCUCCUCAGGAUAGACGACCACGACUUCACCAUGAGACCUGGCUUUGGAGGACCUGCUGUUCCAGUUGGAGUUGAUGUCCAGGUUGAAAGUCUAGACACAAUUUCAGAAGUGGACAUGGACUUCACCAUGACCCUGUAUCUGAGACACUACUGGAAGGAUGAGCGCCUGUCCUUCCACAGUAACAACAACCUGAGCAUGACAUUCGACGGUCGCCUGGUGAAGAAGAUCUGGGUGCCAGACAUGUUCUUCGUCCACUCCAAAAGGUCCUUCACCCACGACACCACCACCGAUAAUGUGAUGCUACGUGUCUACCCAGAUGGCAAGGUUCUCUACAGCCUGAGAGUCACAGUCACUGCCAUGUGUAGCAUGGAUUUGAGUCGCUUCCCUUUGGACACACAGACCUGCUCCUUGGAGAUCGAGAGCUACGCUUACACAGACGAUGACCUGAUGCUCUACUGGAAGAAAGGGAACGAGUCCUUGAACACGGAUGAGAAGAUCUCCCUCUCCCAGUUCCUCAUCCAGGAGUUCCACACCACCACCAAGCUGGCUUUCUACAGCAGCACCGGCUGGUACAACCGUCUGUACAUCAACUUCACCCUGCGGCGCCACAUCUUCUUUUUCCUGCUCCAGACCUACUUCCCUGCCACCCUGAUGGUCAUGCUGUCCUGGGUGUCCUUCUGGAUCGACCGACGGGCCGUACCUGCCAGAGUCCCGCUGGGUAUCACCACGGUGCUCACCAUGUCCACCAUCAUCACUGGAGUGAACGCGUCCAUGCCCAGAGUCUCCUACAUCAAAGCUGUGGACAUUUACCUCUGGGUCAGUUUUGUGUUUGUGUUCCUGUCAGUGAUAGAGUACGCAGCCGUGAACUACCUGUCCACAGUCCAGGAGCGGAAGGAAAGGAAGCUGCGGGAAAGACUGCCUUGCACCUGUGGCAUGACCCAUCCUGACAUGCUGUGCAGCUACAGCGAGGUGGACGUCAACAACACCGGGAACUACGGCAUGCCGGAGCAGAACGGCGUGAAGAGGGAGAGGAUGCUGGUGCAGCUGGCGCUGGAGAGCGACCAGAUCACAGGGCACGUCAGCUCCAGCCCCUACAACAGCAUGUGGAUCGACACGCACGCCAUAGACAAAUACUCACGCGUCAUCUUUCCUGGAGCUUACACACUCUUCAACGUCAUCUACUGGUCCAUUUACUCCUAACGCUACGGCUACACCAAGCGCGUGUAACCGAUGUGAAUCGGUGAAACUCACUCC